CACCGAUAUAUCCCGAAGAUCAAAGCUGCGGAUACUGGGGUAAGUCUGACGCGCAUAUCUAGGUAACUAGCGACUGUCAGAACUUGAAACAUAAACCCCUCAUUGUUCGUAUCGUAGGCCGCCCCGGGCGGCAGCAAGAAGGUUCAGAAAGCUUAUACCAUGGGAAUAUCAUUUAUUUGCCAAUGACGUCGAUUGCGGGGUUCUCUGUUUGCUUCACUGCGCCUGCCUUGUUAUACGCCCUUCGCUGUCAUGUGCCAGAAACCGGCAAUUACAAAGAAACACAGCCUCGCGAUGGCGGCGUUUACGAAACGCCGACUGUGAAUCAAAACUAGAUCCUACGGAGGCUCAGCUCUCUCAAAGACACCAUAUCUUAACCUACAAUCCUAUCCUACUCCCCCACAACCUUUCUUGCGUAUAAAACCCCACCAGUAGACCUCACAGAUACAACACCGUUCCAUCAAAAUCAACGCCAAGAUGCCUUUCUUCAAAUCCAAAACCGCAGACGCCGACACAGUCCCCGAGGAGAAAUGGAUCCCCUACCGCGAGAACGGCGAGGUGAAGUACAUGCGCGCCUCCGAAGCGCAAGACUCCGGGUCCUCAGGCGGCGCCCUGCGACACUCCAAGCCCAGCGCCUGGGGAAACAUGGUCGCGCCCGUCGGCUUCGUUGCGCAGGCGCCGCAGCUGCUGCAGGAGAAGUACACGGACGAGAGCAUAAUCGUUGCGAUCAUCACGAAUGUUGUGCCUGCGCAGAAACCUACGGUUGUGGAGGGGAAGAAAUCGUUUAUGGGUAAAUUCAAGAAGGAUAAAGAGCCUUCUACUACUAAGGCGGUGCGGAUGCCGAGACGGGAGUAUAAGAAGUUCUUUGCGAAGGAUAAGGAUGGGAAGUAUAUUGGGACGGAGCCGCAGAGGGAGUGGACGCAGGAGGAGCUGGAGGAUGAGUUUGGGCAGUAUCAGAAGGAGGUUUGAGCGUGGGGUUGACAUCCCUUUUACGACUUUUUACUCGUUGAUGGUACUACGAUUAUGAUUAUCCUUAUGAUGCAUAUCUAUGGUUAUCGAAGAUUUUGUUGAUUUAGCAACAAUUCAAAUUCGUGCGUUUUGAUGA